AUGGAUAGAGUUCUAGCUUGGAAUGUAAGGGGUCUAAAAUCAGUUCAAAAACAGAAUGAAGUCAAGAACUUCAUUCAGAAGUAUGAGAAUUUUGUAGCUUGGAAGUCUGGGUGCUUUACUGUCAAUAUUGUAGCUUCUUAUGGUCAGUUUUUGCAUUGCCAUGUUACCCCUGUAAGUGGUUUUACAGAUGUUCAAGUUGCUAAUUUAAGAGCAUAUCAUGAUUUGAUUGAUGCUCAGAGUGCAAUGCAUAAUAAUUCUGUAGAUCAAGGGGUAACAUAUGCAGAAUUAAGAGUUAUUCAAGAAUAUAGAGUAAAGCACAAAUCCUAUCUGGUUUUUCUGAGUCAGAAAGCUAAAGUGGCAUGGCUUAAAGAUGGGGAUGUCAAUACUGCUCUCUUCCAUCAGAGUAUUAGAAACAGGAAUGUGCAGAAUCAAGUCUACAUCAUUUAUGAUAUGAGGGGUGUGUGGAAGGAUACACCUUCUGAUGUUUCAGAAGCUUUUCUUGAUUAUUGCAAGCUGUUGCUAGGAAGCAUUCAUAAGCAUAGAACUCUUGUUGUUAAACACGUGGUUCAACUAGGCCCAGUUUGUCAAGAUCAUCACAAAGCCAUCUUGAAUGCUCCAUAUACUGCAAAGGAAGUUAAGGCUGCUCUUUUUUCUAUUCCAGGUGUUAAGGCACCUAGAUCAGAUGGUUUUGGCUCCUAUUUCUAUAAAGAUGCAUGGCAUAUACUUGGUGAUGAAGUCAUUGCAACUAUUUUAGGUAUGCUACAUCAUGGAAGACUUUUGAAGGAGCUGAAUCAUACAAUGAUAACUCCCAUCCCUAAAACUAAAUAUCCAAAGGAUGUGAGUGAAUUUAGACCAAUUUCUUGUUGUAAUACACUCUAUAAGUGUAUUACAAAGGUAUUGUGUGGAAGGCUAAGACAAGUGCUGCCUGAUCUUAUUCUUGAAAACCAGGGAGGUUUUGUUCAUGGUAGGUAUAUUGUGCACAACAUCAUGGUGGUUCAAGAUCUGGAAAAGCAUUAUGGGAGGAAGGGUGUUAAGUCUAGUUUCCUUAUGAAGAUUGAUCUUCAAAAAGCUUAUGAUACUAUAGAAUGGCAAUUUCUUCAAGAAAUGUUAGAAUACCUGGGGUUUCCUAAGCUGUUUGUGGAUACUGUCAUGCACUGUGUCACUACUCCUAUGUUCUCUCUAAUGCUUAAUGGCUCUAUGCAUGGGUUCUUUUAA